CACACAUCCCAAAGGUUUUACGAAUAUAAGCCAAUUUCACUAGCUUUAACAUUUUCUUUGAGAUUCUCAUAUGGAAAUGGAUUUGAAUGCUCAAGAGAAGAAAGCAGGGUUCUUUCAAAGGCUUCAGGAUUUCCCUAGCAAGCUCAAAGACGAUGUCACCAAACGCGUAAAGAAUGUGCAAAAGUUUGCGAAAGAUGAUCCAAGACGGAUCAUCCACUCCAUGAAAGUGGGGGUUGCUCUCACAUUAGUGUCAUUGUUGUACUAUGUGCGACCACUCUACAUCAGCUUUGGGGUCACGGGUAUGUGGGCGAUACUUACCGUAGUCGUGGUCUUCGAAUUCACUGUUGGUGGAACACUUUCCAAAGGUUUAAACAGAGGGUUUGCAACAUUAAUAGCAGGAGCCUUAGGGGUUGGGGCAGUACACCUUGCUCGUUUCUUUGGGCAUCAAGGAGAGCCCAUAGUUCUUGGGAUCUUAGUGUUCUCACUAGGCGCAGCUGCAACAUUUUCGCGGUUUUUCCCACGGAUUAAACAGAGAUAUGACUAUGGUGCUCUGAUAUUCAUACUCACAUUUAGUUUCGUUGCGAUUUCGGGUUACCGUACAGAUGAAAUAUUGAUUAUGGCAUAUCAAAGACUAUCGACUAUUCUUAUCGGUGGCACGAUCUGCAUCCUUGUGUCGAUUUUCAUUUGUCCUGUAUGGGCUGGCGAAGAUCUUCACAAGAUGAUUGCUAACAACAUUAACAAACUUGCUAAGUACCUAGAAGGAUUCGAGGGUGAAUAUUUUCAACCGGAGAAGAUUUCAAAGGAGACAAGCUCGUGUGUUCGAGAAUACAAAAGCAUUCUAACAUCAAAAAGCACUGAAGAUAGUUUGGCGAAUCUUGCAAGAUGGGAACCAGGGCAUGGACGUUUCAGGUUACGGCACCCGUGGAAAAAGUACUUGAAAAUUGCAGGACUCGUUCGCCAAUGUGCCGUCCAUUUAGAAAUCCUCAAUGGCUACGUUCUUUCAAACGAUAAGGCACCACAAGAAUUCGAAAGUAAGAUUCAAGAGCCAAUCACGACUAUGAGCAGAGAAGUUGGUGAAGCCCUAAAAGCCAUAGCCAAAUCUAUUAAAACAAUGAGGAACGAUAGUGCUUGUGUGAACGCACACAUUGACAACUCCAAAAAGGCCAUUAAAAACUUAAAGAUUGCACUCAAAUCUUCUUAUCCAGAGACAUAUAAAGAUCUUUUGGAGAUCAUUCCCGGAGUCACAAUGGCAUCAAUCCUGAUCGAGGUCGUGAAUUGCGUCGAGAAGAUCUACGAGGCUGUGGAAGAAUUCUCUGGUCUUGCACAUUUCAAAGAGACUUUGGAUUCAAAACUAUCAGCGGAGAUAGGACAACAUCAAUUACUCCACAGGGGAUGUGUAAAGCCGGUUCUAGAUGGCGACAACGAGAAAGAAGACAAUAGCUCAUGUCAUGUUCUUAUCACUGUCCAUGAUGAAGGAUAUCUACCGACGGCCACCGCGAAGAACGUUUUGGGAGCAGAGAAGACUAGAGUAGAUAUUGUGUGAAUAUUUUUGUUCAUUGCGAAACAAUUACACACUCUUUCAAGAGAACAUUAUUUAGUAUAUAAGAGAUAUCCGCAUUCUACUUAGUUAUUGCCAAUUAAUAGAAUUAUAAUCAACCAUUGAUAAUAAUGUAGUUGAUUUCCUACUUAUAACAUUAGAUGUCAUGUGUUAUGUGUAGUGAAUCUAGUGAUAUGAUAGGAUAAAUACAUGCUUAAGUUAAGAUUG